AUGAGCUACUACUGUGGCUACUAUGGGGGCUUGGGGUGUGGCUGUGGAGGCUUCGGUGGCCUGGGGUAUGGCUGUGGCUACAGAGGCUUCGGAUAUGGUGGAGGCUCUGGGGGCUAUGGAUAUGACUGCUAUCGCCCUUGGUACUAUGGAAGAUCUUGCCUUGAACAGCAAACCAAACUCAACACCCCUGACACCAUGGGCUACUGUGGCGGCUACUACGGAGGCCUGGGCUACGGCUAUGGCUAUGGCCUCAGUGGCCUGGGCUACGGCUAUGGCUAUGGCCUCAGUGGCCUGGGCUAUGGCUGUGGCUAUGGCAGCUACAGAUAUGGACCUUUCUAUGGAGGCUAUGGAUAUGGCUGCUAUCGUCCAUGGAACUAUGGAAGAUACUGGUCUGGAUGCUACUGA